UCAUAUUGCGCCCAACCCUAGAAAUCGGAGGCGGAGGAAUCGAGCCGAUCUGUUAAUUCGCACCCCGGAAAUCCACAUGAACCCACAAAAUUAACCCCCCAAGCCCAAACCCUAAUCCGCCCCCUGCUGCUUCGUCCUCCUCGCACAGCAGAUUCAGAUUUGGGUUGGGUUAGGAUCUAUUGAUUGGGUUGUAAAUGACCUCCGCGCCCCAACAGUUGGAGGCCUCUGCCUCUCGGUCUCCUCGGCCACAACAGCAACAGCAAGCACGACCGCCACCGAGCGGCACGCUGACCUUCGACGAGAUCUCCAAGCUCUUCUCGCUUCCCAUCGCCGAGGCCGCCCCCGUCCUCGGAGUCUGUACAAGUGUCUUGAAGAAGAUAUGUCGCGACUAUGGCAUUGUAAGGUGGCCAUAUCGAAAGUAUCUUGCUGGGAAGACUGUAGAAGAUAUUAGAAGAGAUAUUGCUAAGGAGAGAAGUAAGGAGCUAGCUGAUUUAUCGAAGACUAACCAAAAGAAUGAUGUGUCCAAUGUGAUGUCAUCGCCAGUUGGUUCCUUAUCAGCUUUAACACCGAACCCUGCUCAAGAAUCUUCCAAAAUGCAGAGAGUUUCCAUGCCAGGGCAUGUUUCGCAACUGCAAGGAAGUAGGUUUACUCAAAACGGAUGGCCAAAUGUGCUCCAUCAAAACCAAUCAAAAAACAUCCCUACGUUCAUGGACGAUUUCAAAUAUGGUUUUCCAGAAAAUGGUCUAUCGUCAACUUCAUUCAAAUGGUGGGGAAUCAGCAGGCUAGAAGAAACCGAAAGGACCGUGCCAGGAGAAGGAGAAACUACGACCGAGAAGGAUGACAAUCAAGAGGUACAGGACUCAUCAAAUGAAGGCGAAGAACCUGAUUCUGGUGCAGAGGACAAUGUUAUCGUAACCAAGCCAUCUGCUUUGCUGUGCUCUCUGAGAAGAAAAUCUGUUGAAUAUGGGCGCGAGUCACUCAAGAGAGGGAUUUCGGUUGCCGGAAUACCCAACAAACUCACGAAGAGGCAGAAGCUAACAUUAUCCCAAGUAUUUGGGUCAUCUUUACCAGAGGAAUGGAAGGAAAACUUCUCGUGAUCCUUCUUCACUGAGUAAUUUAAUUUCCAUGACCAAAUGACAGGAGUCUGUUCUCGACUAGGCAUCGGAAAGACGAUACUUUAUUAUCAAACUCGAUCGUUUUCUAAUCCUAACUGCAGUUUCCUUGUCA